AUGGAGCCCCAGGGGUGCCGUGGGCUCGGUCCCGCCGGCGAGGCGGGGGUCUGCACCCACCCCCGCACGGGGGCACCAGGAGGUGUCCCCAGCCGGGCAGGGAUACAGCCCCGGCGUGCCGGUGAUGCUCCGCGCCGUGCCCCGCAGCUCGACCCCGAAAACACCGGCUUCAUCGGGGUGGAGACGUUCGCCAGCCUGGUGCACAGCCAUGAGCUGCCCCUGGACCCCGCCAAGCUCGACAUGCUGGUGGCCCUGGCACAGGGCAACGACGAGGGGCAGGUCUGCUAUCAGGAGCUGGUAGACCUGAUCAGCAGCAAGCGCUCCAGCAGCUUCAAGCGCGCCAUCGCCAACGGGCAGCGGGCGCUGCCCCGCGACGUCCUGCUGGACGAGACCGGCCUCGGCAUCUACAAACGCUUCGUCCGCUACGUGGCCUACGAGAUCCUGCCCUGCGAGAUGGACCGGCGCUGGUAUUUCUACCAGCACCGCACCUGCCCGCCCCCCGUCUUCAUGGCGGCCGUCACCCUCACCCAGAUCAUCGUGUUCCUGUGCUACGGGGCCCGGCUGAACAAGUGGGUGCUGCAGACCUACCACCCCGAGUACAUGAAGAGCCCCCUGGUCUAUCACCCCGGGCACCGGGCGCGCGCCUGGCGCUUCCUCACCUACAUGUUCAUGCACGUGGGGCUGGAGCAGCUGGGGUUCAACGCCCUCCUGCAGCUGAUGAUCGGCGUGCCCCUGGAGAUGGUGCACGGCAUCCUGCGCAUCAGCUUCCUCUACCUGGCCGGGGUCCUGGCAGGCUCCCUCACCGUCUCCAUCACGGACAUGAGAGCCCCCCUGGUCGGGGGCUCGGGGGGGGUCUACGCCCUCUGCUCUGCUCACCUCGCCAACGUUGUCAUGAACUGGGCCGGGAUGCGCUGUCCCUACAAGCUGCUGCGGAUGGUUCUGGCGCUGGUGUGCAUGAGCUCCGAGGUUGGUCGCGCCGUGUGGCUCCGCUUCUCGCCGCCGCUGCCGGCCUCGGGCCCCCAGCCCAGCUUCAUGGCGCACCUGGCGGGGGCCAUCGUGGGCAUCAGCAUGGGGCUGACCAUCCUGCGCAGCUACGAGGAGAGCCUGCAGGACCAGUGCGGCUGGUGGGUGCUGCUGCUGUCCUACGGCACCUUCCUGCUCUUCGCCGUCUUCUGGAACAUCUUCGCCUACGACCUGCUGGGGGCACAGAUCCCCCCGCCC